AUGGCGGAAAUUUAUAUAGCUGGCGCUAUUGCAGCAUUUACUGUAGAUGUCUUGAUCUACCCUCUCGAUACCAUCAAGACUCGCAUGCAGAGUCAAGAUUAUAUCAAGACAUAUUCAGAGAGUUCUAAGAAGAAUGUUUGGGCUGUAAGAGGUCUUUACCAAGGCAUUGGUAGUGUAGUACUUGCUACUCUUCCAGCAGCUGGUCUGUUCUUUUCAACGUAUGAGAGUGCGAAAAAAGUCAUCGGCAAUGCGACACCACUGCCACAACCCUUGGUCCAUUCGGCAGCUUCAGGAUUCGCCGAGAUGGCAUCCUGUUUGAUACUCGCACCAGCAGAAGUCAUCAAGCAGAAUGCACAAAUGCUACAGAAUGACAGUCGCGGAUCCUCGAAAUCUGGAUCAUCAACAUCGCUACAGGCUUUCCGUCAGCUGGCCGGCGACGGUGCAUCUCGACGCUUGUUUACUGGCUACACAGCGCUCGUUGCACGAAACUUGCCUUUCACAGCCCUCCAAUUCCCAAUCUUUGAGCACGUGCGUUCAACAUACUGGACUUCUAGAGGACCUGGUACUUCAGAUCCAGGGUUGAUCGAGACAGGAUUGGUAACAGGUCUAAGCGCUGGAAGUGCAGGAUCAGUGGCAGCUUUCAUCACCACACCAAGCGAUGUUGUCAAGACACGCAUGAUGCUAAGCGCCGGUAAUCAGAGCGAAAGUUCGACACAGGGUCAGGGUGAAGUUGCCGCCAAGAUGGAGGGGAAACGCCCAAAGAAGGGAGCAUGGACCGUGUCCAAGGAAGUUUACCAAGAGAGGGGAGUGCGAGGAUUCUUUCGGGGUGCGGCUCUGCGGUCAGGGUGGACAAUGCUGGGAAGUGGACUCUAUCUGGGAUCUUACGAGAUGGCCAAGGUCUGGUUAAGAAGAGGGAAGCCAGAUGCCGAGGACGACGACACUGUGCUGUGA